AUGGCUCUCCAAUUCGACCAGCGAGUCACCGACCUGCUCCAGAAACAAGGCGCUAUGCGGGUCGCCGUCUUUUUGCGAAGCAAAUCGCCCCUUUAUUCCCUCGGGAACGACGAGGUGGUCAUCAGCGCAUGCCGCACACUCGGCAUCGACCCGGUAGCGAGCCGCGCCAGGCUCAUGACCAUCCUCGAGUGGGACUAUCUGACCAUCUUCGCCUUCAACCUCUGGUUUGACGACUACGACUGGGCCACGGCACACCACAAGCUGGGCAGCCAAGAGUUCCGCGACAAGGUCAACGACUUCGUCGCGAGCCAGCACGAUCGCCACGGCUGGGAUGCGAAGCCGCCCUAUCUGGAGGACCACACGCUCCCGGGCGUCUAG